AUUGGGAGAAAGAGAGAGAGGACAGGGAAAAGAAGGAAACAAGGGGACAAAUCACAGAGCAAAUAAAUCUCCUUCCACAGAUAAAACGAACAAUUAGUUGCACAACAACUGAGAUUUUUUGGUUUCCUUCUUCUUCAUAUCUAUCAAUCUGCAUGUAAUCCAUUAUAUUUAUACCAACUCACACACACAUACAUAUUCAUAUCGGAUUGAAUUCAAUUGGGGGGAAUAUCAUAUACUGUGAUCACAGAUUGAUUAUAACAUUGAAGAUCAUUGCGAUUAUAUAUUUAUACGUUUAUAUAGAUAGAUAUGUAUGUGGAAUUGUGGAUUGCUCGAAGAAAUUUUUGAUGGGGUUUCCAGCAUUGGGCAUUUGAACAGAAAUUUAUCGGGGUCUGACUGCUUUCUAUUUCGGAAAUGACUGUUGGAGCCAAGAUAGCAGUUGGAUCUCAUGUAUGGGUCGAGGAUCCUGACGAGUCCUGGCUAGAUGGGGAGGUUGUUCAAGUAAACGGUCAACAGAUUACAGUAAAUUGUACAUCGGGAAAGACAGCUGUAGUUAAUGCAGCAAAUGUACACGCACAAGAUCUCGAGGCUCCCCCUGAGGGUGUGGAUGAUAUGACAAAGCUUGCCUACCUACACGAACCGGGUGUUCUGUACAAUUUGAAAUGCAGAUAUAAUAUGAAUGAAAUAUAUACCUAUACAGGUAACAUAUUGAUAGCUGUGAAUCCUUUUCAACGUUUACCCCAUCUUUACAACGAUAAUAUGAUGGAAAAGUACAAAGGAAUGGCGAUUGGAGAGCUGAGCCCACACCCUUAUGCUAUUGCUGACGAUGCUUACAGGCAAAUGAUUAAAGAAGAUAUAAGUCAAGCAAUCUUGGUUAGUGGAGAGAGCGGAGCUGGUAAAACUGAAAGCACUAAGAGCUUAAUGACAUAUCUUGCUUAUAUGGGGGGCAGUGUCGGGGUUGAGGGGGGGAAGCGCACUGUGGAGCAGCAAGUACUCGAGUCAAGUCCUGUUCUUGAAGCUUUCGGUAAUGCAAAGACAGUGAGAAAUAACAAUUCAAGUCGCUUCGGAAAAUUUGUGGAGAUUCAGUUUAAUAAUAGGGGUAGAAUAUCUGGAGCUGCAAUCAGAACUUAUUUGCUGGAAAGAUCACGAGUUUGCCAACUUUCAGAUCCCGAAAGAAACUAUCACUGCUUCUAUAUGCUUUGUGCUGCGCCAGAAAAGGAUGUUGAAAAAUACAAACUGGGGAAUCCAAGGAAAUUCCAUUAUUUGAACCAGUCUAAUUGCUAUGAAUUGGAUGGUGUUGAUGAUUCCAAAGAGUAUCUUACUACAAGGAGGGCAAUGGAUAUAGUUGGAAUCAGUGAUGAGGAGCAGGACGGAAUUUUUCGAGUUGUGGCUGCAAUUCUUCAUUUGGGCAACAUUGAGUUUGGGAAGGCAAGUGAUAUUGAUGCUUCUCAACCCAAGGAUGAUCAAUCACGAUUCCAUCUUAAAACCGUUGCAGAGCUGUUGAUGUGUGACGAACAAUGUCUAGAAGACUCCUUGUGCAAACGUGUAAUGGUUACUCGUGAUGAGACCAUAACAAAAAGCCUCAAUGCGACUGACGCUGCAGUCAGUAGGGACGCUUUGGCUAAAAUUGUCUAUUCGAGAUUGUUUGACUGGUUAGUUGAUAAGAUCAACAAUUCUAUUGGACAAGAUUCUACGUCAAAACUCUUAAUCGGACUGCUGGAUAUCUAUGGCUUCGAGAGUUUCAAUACAAACAGUUUUGAGCAAUUUUGCAUAAACUUAACUAAUGAGAAACUGCAGCAACAUUUCAAUCAGCACGUUUUCAAGAUGGAACAAGAAGAAUAUACAAAAGAAGAGAUUGACUGGAGUUACAUAGAAUUCGUAGAUAACCAGGAUAUUCUUGAUCUUAUUGAAAAGAAACCAGGUGGCAUCAUUGCUCUCCUUGAUGAGGCUUGUAUGUUUCCAAGAUCUACGCAUGAGACAUUUGCGGAGAAGCUUUACCAGACAUUCAAAGAUCACAAGCGUUUCAGCAAACCAAAGCUGUCACGCACUGGUUUCACCAUAUGCCAUUAUGCGGGUGAGGUUACGUACCAGACGGAACUUUUUCUGGAUAAAAACAAAGACUAUGUUAUUUUUGAGCAUCAGAAUCUCCUUAGUAAUUCAAGUUGCACCUUUGUCUCUAGCCUCUUCCCACCUUUACCUGAAGAAUCUUCUAAAUCAUCAAAAUUUUCAUCUAUUGGUUCUCGAUUCAAGCAACAACUGCAAUCUUUGCUUGAGACUCUUAGUGCAACCGAACCUCAUUAUGUUCGCUGUAUAAAACCUAAUAACUAUCUGAAGCCUUCAAUCUUUGAGAAUAGUAAUGUUCUGCAGCAACUCCGUUGUGGGGGCGUUAUGGAGGCAAUCAGGAUCAGUUGUGCUGGAUAUCCCACCCGAAAGACUUUUCAAGAAUUUAUAAACCGUUUCAAAAUUCUUGAUCCUAGUGCAUCAAAUGGAAGUUGCGAUGAAGUCACUGGUUGUAAAAAGCUUUUGCAGAAAGCUGCUCUUCAAGGUUAUCAGAUUGGCAAAACUAAAGUGUGUCUCAGAGCUGGUCAGAUGGCAGAACUAGAUUCUGUUCGUAACCAGGUCCUUGGGAUAUCAGCAGGCGUAGUCCAGACAAAAUUUCGCUCAUUCUUUGCGCAUAAAAAUUUCGUUAUAUUACGCACGGCAGCCAUACAAAUCCAAACUCUGUGCAGAGGGCAAGUUGCAAGGUGUAUAUAUGAGUGUAAGAGGAGAAAGAUUGCUGCUACAACCAUCCAGAAAGGUGGAAGGAUGUUUAUGUUUAGGAAGACUUUUGCAAUUUUAUCGUCUUCUGCAGCUGUUAUCCAAGCAGGACUUAGAGGAAUGGCUGCUCGCAGUGAGCUUCUAUUUAGAAGGAGAAAUACAGCAGCUAUUCGUAUCCAGAAACACUCCAAAGGAUACUUGGCUAGCCAUCAUUUCUCGCGCUUGAAGGGGGCAUCAAUUUCAAUGCAAUGUGCUUAUAGAGUAAUUAAAGCUCGCAAAGAACUACAGCUACUUAGAACGGCUGCAAAGGAAACUGGUGCACUCCAAGAAGCCAAAGAAAAGCUAGAAAAGCAGGUUGAAGAGCUGACUUCAGAGUUGGAGUUGGAGAAGCGCCAGCGACAUGACAUCGAGGAAGCCAAAAAUUGUGAAAUUGCAAAAUUACAAUCUGCUUUGGAGGAAAUAAGAACGCAGUUUCAAGAUACCAAAGAUCCUGAAGCUCUAGAGAAGGUAUCCGCGCAUGUUCCUGCUGCAGUAUCCGAGCAAGUUUCUCCAGCAGUAUCCGAGCAAGUUUCUCCAGCAGUAUCCGAGCAAGUUCUUUCAGUAUCUGAGCAAGUUUCUCCAGCAGUAUCCGAGCAAGGUCCUCCUGUAAAAGAUGGCCUAGUAUUUGAUAAUGAAGCAGUCCAGAAAUUAACUGCUGAAAAUGAAAAGCUGAAGAUUUUAGCUAUGGAGGCAGAGACAGAUAUAGUUAGGCUGAAGGCAGAUAACCAGAGACUUGUAGAGAAAAUUUCUGACAUGGAAAGAGCAGAUUCUCUCCGCCGACAGGCUUUGAUGAAUAAUCCUUCAGGAAAACUAUCUGGACAUUUACCUCCAACUACUCAUGAACUUUUGAGCGUAGCAUCCAGUAAAAGAUUUGGUACGGAAGCCGAUAGUGCACUGAGGAAAUCUAUCAUCGAUAGGCAACGUGAGUCCGUAGAUACUCUUAUUAAGUGCGUCAAAAAAGAUGUCGGUUUCAGUGAAGGAAAACCAGUUGCUGCACUUACAAUUUACAAAUGCCUGUUCCACUGGAGAUCCUUUGAAGCCGAAAGAACUAAUGUUUUUGAUCUGCUUAUUCAGAUCAUUGGUUCAGCAAUAGAGGAUGAGGAAAACAACUGUCAUAUGGCUUACUGGCUUUGCAACACAUCUACACUACUGUUUUUACUCCAACGAACCCUUAAAUCUCCUUCUUCAUCGCAACCUCCUCAGCCCACCUCAUUUUUCGGAAGAAUGGCUCAAAGUUUCCGGGGGUCCCCAUCCUUCGCCAACAUUUCUAUAGGUGGGCUUGAUGGAAUAAAACGGAUUGAAGCCAAGUAUCCAGCUUCACUUUUCCAGGAGCAGCUGACUGCUUAUAUUGAGAAGAUUUACGGUAUUACUCGAGAUAAUGCAAAGAAGGAUUUGACACCAGCUCUUUCUUUAUGUAUUGAGGCACUCAAAAAUUCCUCGAGUCAAUCUGCUGGCGAAAGUGCUACUAGGAACUGGCAAAGCGUCAUUGAUUGUUUAAACGGGCUUCUGAGUACACUGAAGGAUAACUUCGUUCCACCAAUUCUUGUCCAGAAAAUCUUCGAGCAGAUUUUCGCUUAUAUAAAUGUUCAGCUCUUUAAUAGCCUUCUUAGCCAUAAAGAGUGUUGCACGUUCAACAGUGGGGAAUAUGUGAAGACGGGGUUAACAGAAUUUGAACUUUGGUACGGGGACACCCACGAGUAUGCAGGCUCAUCACUGGAUGAACUAAAAUAUGUGCAGCAGGCUGUAAAACUUCUGAUUAUGCAACAGAAAGCGGAACUAACCUAUGAUGAUCUUACAACUGAACUCUGCCCUAUACUGAGCAGUCAGCAGCUUUAUAGAAUAUGUACAAUUUUUGGGGAUGAGAAUGAAUCAGAUAAUGUACCUCCAGAAGUAAUGUCUAAGCUAAAGUCACUUGCAGAGGACGACUCUACCGAUCCUGAUAGCGACUCGUACCUGUUGGAGGAUAAUUCCAGCAUCCCGUUGCCGGUUGAAGAACUCAGCAGUUCCCGCCAAGAUUUAAAUUUCAAAGGUGUGAAACUACCCGAAGAACUUCUUGAAAAUCCAGCCUUUGAGUUCUUACAGGGUUAAGGCUGUGAUUAUAGUUAUCCACUUUGUUGAUACCGUGAUGUAUACGAACCUGCUUCUUCUUGUCUCAUCACAUCCCCGGCUAGAUUUUCGGGUAGAAUUUGUAGAAUUCAUAGGUAGAGAGUAAGAUAAAGGGGAAGUGAUGAGUGUUUUUCCAGUUAGUUAGUUGUUUUUUUGGUACCUUAAUUUGGGGUUAUAUUGUGGCCAACCUUUCUAAAAAUUACAGGCAGAAAUGAGCAGCUGCUACAGCCUCCAAAGUGAACAUUUUUAUUGUCCUUCUUAAGCUGUGAUGAUGCUAGAAAUGUUUUAGUCACAAACUU